AUGCAACAAACAUCUCUUCGCCUUAUAUUUUUGUGUAGUCUAUUGAUAUUUAUUCAACAGUGCAAUAAAACUGAUGCUCAGAUAUUUCGCAAUUUAUCGGUUUCUAUUAAAAAACGACUGGAUGACUUAAUCUCAUCAUUAACAAUAGAGGAGCUUGUUGAGCAAAUGGCAAAUGGUGGCGCAGGUCCAACAUACGGUCCUGCACCGGCUAUACCUAGAUUGAAGAUCAAACCCUAUCAAUGGCGUACAAAUCCAAAUCAAGGUCUUUGUACUUCAUUUGUAAGUCACAUUAAUCAAGCUGCCUCGUUUGAUAUACUGGAUGUCUGGAAAAUCGCUUUCGCAAACGGCUUAGAAAUGCGAGCUAAAUGGAAUCAGUUUAGUAAACAAAAUAAUUACCGUGAUAAUACGGGAAUAAAUGUGUUUGCACCGACUGUCAAUCUUCUUCGGCAUCCUCUUUGGGGAAGGAAUAAGGAGACUUAUGGGGAAGAUCCAUAUUUGGCGGCUGAAUUAGCUAGAGCAUAUGUACAUGGGAUUAGUGGUUGGAAUGUACCACACGAUGGCUCAAUCAAGGUAAACUUACUAACAAUAAAUCCAACCAGACAACAUGUUGUAUUGGUUGGUGCAAACUGUAAACACUAUGCUGCGCAUUCCGGACCAGAAAACGAUCCUGUUUCAAGGUUAUCUUUUGAAGCCGAUGUUCCGGAACACGAUUUGUGGAUGACCUAUUUUCCUGCUUUUCGUGCAUGUAUGGAAGCUGGAGCUGUUGGAGUUAUGUGUGCAUAUAGCGGAGUGAAUGGCACACCAGCUUGUGUAAAUCACUGGCUAUUAGAUACUGUACUUCGAAAGCAGUGGAAAUAUCCAGGUUUUGUAAUCAGUGAUGAAGGUGCCUUGCAAUUUUUGAUAUCGAAACAUCAUGUUUAUUCGUCUUUACAAGAAGCUGCUUUAGCUGCAGUUAAAGCUGGUGUAAAUAUAGAAAAUGCAUUACCUAAUAAUGUUAACGUUUAUUCUGAAUUAUUAAACCUUACAAAAUCUGGUAAUGUGACUGAAGAUGAAUUACGAAAUCUAGUUCGUCCUUUGUUCCUUGCUAGAAUUCUAGAAGGUGAAUUAAAUUCGCCAGAAAUGGAUCCAUAUGCUCAUUUAUUACCCAGUACAGUUGUCAAGAGUGAAAAGCAUAAAUAUUUAUCGUUGGUUACUGCAGCCAAAACCAUGGUACUUUUGAAAAACUCUGAAGAAUUCCUUCCACUUAAAAUGAAACCAGAUACAAAUGAACGGCCGUUAAAACAUGUUGCCUUACUUGGACCAUUUUCAAGAAAUAUCAGUGAAUUGGCUGGAAGUUACACUAAACACAUUGAUCCGGCUGAUACAGUUCCACUGGAUAAAACUCUUGAAAAAAUAAGUGAAAACGUUACUGCUUCAGAUAUUUGCAUUGAUGGUGGGAAGUGUACAAUGUACGACGAUUUAGCUAUCCAAGAAAUACUUUGCCAACCAGAUAUUGACCUUGUUAUCAUAACCAUUGGCACGGGACGAAAUGUUGAAGACGAAGCACAUGAUAGACAUACUCUGAAUCUACCUGGACAUCAGAAUGAAUUUUUAUUAAGUACACUAGAUAUGGCAGCCGGUCGGGGGAUAAUUAGGCGCAAGCCUGUCCCAGUAGUUUUAUUAGUCUUUUCUUCUGGACCAAUUGAUAUUGAGCCAGCAGUGGAAGAUGAAAAUGUUAAAUCCAUAUUUUGGUGUGGUUAUAUGAAUGACAUACUCGGUGAAGUAAUAGUUCGUGUACUGAUGGGAAAUCCUGGUAAACCUUUUGGGCCGUACGCACCGUUGUUACGAAUGGAUCCUGAAUUAUCCGAAAUCGGUAUGUGGGGUAUGGAUAUAGAUGAAGGUUACUGGUGGGUACCAGCGGCUAGAUUACCAUUUACAUGGUACGCAUCAAUUGACGAGUUAGCCAAUAUAACUGUAUAUAAAAUGACGAAUCAGACCUAUCGUUACUUGCCAAAAUCUUGUACCAAGCAACAAAAUGCAUGUAAAAUACCAAUUUUGUAUCCAUUUGGCUAUGGAUUAUCAUACAACAUGCUAUCCCCUUCUCUUAGUGGUAUUGAAUAUUUAGAACUGGAGUUGCCACUGUCUCCGGUUAAACCAAAUCAACCAAUAACUGUUUAUGCAACUGUAGCUAACGUAGGAGAUAUUGCGUGUGAGGAAGUAGUACAACUGUAUAUACAAUGGUUAAAAUGUGGGCAAACUGAUAUAACUAACGAAGAUCAGUGGGAAUGCACUGCACCUAAUAUUCAAUUGGCAGGCUUUAAACGUAUUCGACUAGAUGUUGGCGAAAAAAAGGAUCUUCAUUUUCAAAUAUCCCCAGACCAGUUAAGUGUAUGGUCUAAUCAACAUAAAUCCAUGGUUCCUGGUCAAGGCACUCUCCGUAUAUCAGUUGGAGGACAACAACCUGAUCAACCAGUUACAGUUGGAUCAAACUAUUUGAUUGGUAUAGUUAAAAUAGAUCACAUAUAG